AUGGAGCAACCACCCCACUCCUCCCUGACAACUCCCAGAACCCCAACCUUCCCCGCCAUCCCCGACCCCGUCCAAAUGACCGAGCUCGAAAUCGCACGCCAUCAUGUAACCACCACACGGCACCUGACCGACUCCCUCAUCAACAAGCUGUCUAGAAUACAGCAGCGUCUAUCGUCUGAUAUUGGAUUUGAGAGGGAGGAAGAUGAUCUCCUUGCGACGCGGAGAUGGGCGGAUGAGGUAGUGGAUGCGGCGUGGGAGGUUGUGAGGAAGGCGGGGAGAUUGGUGGAUGAUGUUGAGUAUUUGGCUGUGCGGUUGGGGGAUGAAGAAGAGAAUGGGGAGAGUAGUGCGGAAGCGGAUGAGAUGCAGGUAGAUGUGCAGAAUGAAGAGAUGGAGAAGAAUAGUGGCGAUAGUGUGAGGUAG